AUGGAAAGAUUCCUGGGUUUUACCCAUAACCACUGUUUCAUCAUGCUGUUCUUCAUCUCCCUGAGCCCGCUGGGCUUUGCUCAGUAUGAACACUGGCCCUACGUCCCCGGUUACCCUGAGCCACCCCCACAAGUGUACCAGCCCCCCCAGAGACCGGCAAACGUUCCCAAGAUCCAGCUGCGGCUUGCAGGGCAGAAGAGAAAACACAACGAAGGCAGAGUGGAGGUGUUUUACAGCGGCGAGUGGGGCACGGUGUGCGACGAUGACUUCUCCAUCCAUGCUGCGCACGUGGUCUGCAGGGAGCUGGGCUACGUGGAGGCAGUGUCUUGGCUACCGAGCUCAAAGUAUGGAAAAGGAGAAGGGAAAAUUUGGAUGGACAAUGUCCACUGUAAUGGCAAGGAGACCACCCUGGCAGCAUGCACUUCAAAUGGCUGGGGAGUAACUGACUGCAAACACACCGAAGACGUGGGAGUGGUCUGCAGUGAAAAGAGAAUCCCUGGCUUCAAGUUUGACAACUCAUUGCUUAACCAAAUAGAGAACAUGAACAUCCAGGUGGAAGAUAUCAGGAUCCGUGCCAUCCUCGCCACCUACCGCAAGCGGGUGCCUGUCACGGAGGGUUACGUGGAGGUGAAAGAUGAGGGGACUUGGAAGCAGAUCUGCGACAAGCACUGGACCAUGAAAAAUUCCCGAGUUGUCUGUGGCAUGUUUGGAUUUCCGAGCGAGAGGAAAUACAACACCAACGUCUACAAGAUGUUUGCCAGCAGGAGGAAGCAGCAUUACUGGCCUUACUCGAUGGACUGCAGCGGUAACGAGGCGCACGUCUCCAGCUGCAAACUGGGCAAUCACCUCAACGUGGACGCGGAGAAGAACGCGACGUGCGAGAACGGGAUGCCUGCGGUAGUCAGCUGCGUCCCCGGACGCGCCUUUGCCCCCAGCAGCCACAGUGGCUUCCGAAAAGCCUUCAGGCAGGAGCAGCCACUGGUGAGGCUUAAAGGGGGAGCCAACACUGGCGAAGGACGCGUCGAAGUGCUGAAAAACGGGGAGUGGGGAACGGUUUGCGAUGACAACUGGAACCUGGUGUCCGCCAGCGUGGUGUGCCGAGAGCUGGGCUUCGGGAGCGCCAAGGAGGCAAUCACAGGCGCCAGGCUCGGGCAAGGCAUGGGUCCAAUUCAUCUAAACGAAAUCGACUGUACGGGCUUCGAAAAAUCGGUCACGGACUGCAAGUUCAACACGGAGUCGCAGGGCUGUAACCAUGAAGAAGACGCUGCUGUGAGGUGCAACGUUCCAGCGAUGGGCUUCCAGAAUCAGCUGCGUCUGAGCGGUGGUCGUAACCCUUACGAGGGCCGGGUGGAGGUCCUGGCAGAGCGCAACGGCACUCUGAAGUGGGGCACGGUCUGCAGCGAGAACUGGAGCACCGUGGAGGCCAUGGUGGUCUGCCGGCAGCUGGGCUGGGGCUUCCCCCCCAGCCAUGCCUUCCAGGAAACCUGGUACUGGCACGGAGACGUCAGCGCUGACAACGUAGUCAUGAGCGGCGUCAAGUGUUCGGGGACAGAGAUGUCCUUGGCCCACUGUCGUCACGAUGGAGCCGAUGUCUCCUGUCCCAGAGGAGGUGGUCGUUUUGGUGCUGGUGUGUCCUGCUCGGAGACUGCCCCUGACCUGGUGCUCAACGCCGAGCUGGUGGAGCAGACAGCCUACCUGGAGGACCGCCCGAUGUUCAUGCUGCAGUGUGCGCUGGAGGAGAACUGCCUGGCCAGCUCGGCCUCGUCGUGCGCUCACCGCUGGGACACGCUGCGCAGCCCUGCUAAUUCAAGGGGUGGCUGCUCUCCCUAAAGAGGACUCUCCCUGUCCGUACCUUGCAGGCACUACCACAGUAUGGAGGUUUUCACCCACUACGAUCUCCUGAACCUCAAUGGAACCAAGGUGGCUGAAGGACACAAAGCCAGCUUCUGUUUGGAAGACACUGAAUGCGAAGCAGACGUGCAAAAACAGUACGAAUGUGCCAAUUUUGGUGAACAAGGGAUCACAGUUGGAUGCUGGGAUGUGUACCGUCACGACAUCGACUGCCAGUGGAUCGAUAUUACUGACGUCCCACCAGGCGAUUACCUCUUCCAGGUUGUCAUCAACCCAAACUACGAAGUCGCUGAAUCCGACUACUCCAAUAACGUGAUGAAAUGCAGGAGCCGGUACGACGGGCAGCGCAUCUGGAUGUACAACUGCCACAUAGGUGGCUCCUUCAGUGAGGAAACGGAACAGAAGUUUGAUCACUUCAGCGGACUCACAAAUAACAAGGUGUCCACCAGAUAG